CAGUAUUCUGAGUCAUUCCAACGAUUGCUGUGGUUCCGUAAGGUUCUGUUCUCAUCUGAUCUUAUUUACUUUUGUAAAAAUUUUACAAUGACUGGUCGAGGAAAGGGAGGAAAAGGAUUGGGAAAGGGAGGUGCCAAGCGUCACAGGAAAGUUCUUCGUGAUAACAUCCAAGGUAUCACCAAGCCUGCUAUUCGUCGUUUGGCCCGGCGAGGUGGUGUGAAACGUAUUUCUGGAUUGAUUUACGAAGAAACUCGUGGCGUAUUGAAAGUUUUCCUGGAAAACGUUAUUCGUGAUGCAGUCACGUACACCGAACACGCUAAGAGAAAGACUGUGACAGCCAUGGACGUCGUCUACGCUCUGAAACGUCAAGGACGUACUCUUUAUGGAUUUGGUGGUUAAAUAUCUGCAUAAGAAUAGAUGCAGAAUCUUCUCCAGUCAUUUUUUGAUUAUAAACGGCCCUUUUCAGGACCACAACAUUUUCUUUAACGAAUUGGAACUUCUAAUACACUAUGUGAUAUUAUACUAAUAAAUUAACUAUAAAACCUCAUCUAUGUGACAU